AUGCUUACAAUCAAACAAUUAAAUAACUCUGCAACAAAACAUGAAUUAAACCUGAAAAAGGUUGAAUCCAGUUGGAUCUCUUUGAAAGGACCAAAAAGAUUGGGAUGCUUUUCAAGUUAUUACAAUGAAGAAAAUGUUAAAAUCUAUUGUCCAGAUAAGUCACUUCUAGCAUAUUUGGAUAUACCUGAGCCCCUCUUCAUCGAUUGCCUGCAAGGAUACGAUCCUAAUGUCAAGUAUGGUCAUCAGUCAAUUGGUAAUAUCCACUUAUUACGUUGGGUUAUGGACAAUGAAGCGACCCUUGAAGACUAUCCUUCAGACUUUGUCUGUUACAACGGACUGUUGAAGGAUAUGAUGAUGUCUAGAUACAUUAAAGAUCAUUGGGAUUUUUUCGCUAUCAAGAUUAAAGGAAAAAUUAUCAUGCUGAGAAUUGAUUCCAAAAAGAAACAAGAUUACAUUGAUGAACAAUCUGCAUGGAACAACAAAUCAACUUAUGUGGCUCUCAAUUUGCGACGUUUAAUCACAAAAACUGACAAUGGACAUGAAUCUAAUCUAGUCAAAGAGGGAGAGUCCUGUCAUGGUAUUUUUCACUCAAAAAUUGGAUGCCAUCGGAUACUUCAUGCUGGAUGGCUGGACUGUGUUGAAAGUAAAGAAGAGUUAACUAAACCCUUUGAUCAAAUCAAGUUUGGUUCCAUCAAAAAAAUUCAAAAUCAUCAUGAGACAAUUUCAUUUAACGCAGGCAACACUUGGUGGUCUUUGGCUACUCUUUCUGGAGUUGAAACAAUUACCUGUGCAAGAUGUGAAUAUGACUUUACUGUUGACCAUAUCGAUAAGUUGAGUGUCAGCAACCUGAUUCCUAGAGAAAGACAAAUGGAGUUUUUCACUUCAUUAAAUUUAAUGCUUGAUUACAUCAAGUCAAUUGUCACAGAGGACAAUCAAUAUUACGACUUUUACUUCAACGGUACGGUUAAAACGUUGACUGGAUGCGAGAGAAUGAAUUCAAAUGAAAAAAUCAUUCCAUCUUGGUACGUGGACGGACAACUUCCUCAUGUAUCUUGA